GUAUGAUUAUAAGGCCUAAACAAACACAAAAACAGGAGCAUAAUUUUCCAAUCUUGCUUUUAAAGUUUUAAGGCUUGUAUAUUUGCUAUCCAUCAAAUAUGACAAAUAUGGUUGAGCUGAGGGUCGGAUUGCAUUGUGAUGAAUGCAUCAAGAAAAUAUUGAAGGCCAUCAAAAAGAUUGAAGAUAUUGAAACCUACAACGUCGACACACGGCUAAACAAAGUCACAGUGACAGGGAAUGUAACAGAGGAGGAGGUGAUACGAGUGAUACAUAAAAUUGGGAAGACAGCAACCACUUGGGAUGAUCGUCAACAGCUCAACAAUUUUGCAGCUGCAGGAUAAAUGUGAUGUUAUUUCUGCAUUUUGUGAGGACCCUGGAAUUUUUUCUCAUAGCAUAAAUGGAAUAUUAUUACUAGUAUAUAGUCAAAAUACUCUAUUUUGAUUUUUUAUUUGUUGCUUAAUGAUAAUUAAGUGUAAUUCAAGUCAGAUUUAUGUUGAUGGUUGAUGCCAUCGUUUUCA